UUGGCUACAAAUCCAUCGCUGUCAAAUUUGUACAGAGGCCUUGAGGACAAAGUUCCCGUUUCCAAAAUUGAAGCUUUUUGCUCUGUGAGGUUUGAUCUCUGCACCAAAACUUGGUGUUCUCAUCUGGGUGUGUUUGGUUCUGCUCUGCUGGCUCAAUAUGGCUGUGGAGAACCAAAGGGGUCAUUUGGGGGAUGAAGAUGGGGGCAGUGACCGUUUUCCUGUGGGUAUGCGUGUUCUUGCUGUGGAUGACGACCCAACUUGCCUUAUUGUGUUGGAGAACCUGCUUCGCAAAUGCCAGUAUCAGGUUACCACAACUAAUCAGGCAGUUGAGGCGCUGAAAAUGUUGAGGGAAAACAGAAAUAAGUUUGACCUCGUUAUUAGUGAUGUGAGUAUGCCUGACAUGGAUGGAUUUAAGCUCCUUGAAUUGGUGGGACUUGAAAUGGACCUACCUGUCAUCAUGUUGUCAUCACACAGUGAUACAAAGCUGGUGAUGCAGGGUGUUACACAUGGGGCAUGUGACUAUUUGCUGAAACCUGUUCGAAUUGAAGAGCUGAAGAACAUAUGGCAACAUGUGAUCCGAAGAAAGAAUUUUGAUUCCAGGGAUCAGAAUAAAGCUUCCAAUGAGGAAAGGGCACUUACUACUGCUGGGGAAGGUAGUCAAGGCCUCAAAUCAGAUAACAGUGCUGACCAGAAUAAAAAGCUUGGUAAAAAACGGAAGGACCAAAGUGAAGAAGAUGAAGAAGAUGGUGAAGGGAAUGGAGAUGAGGAGGAUCCCUCAACACCGAAGAAACCUCGUGUAGUUUGGUCUGUUGAGCUGCAUAGAAAAUUUGUUGCUGCUGUUAAUCAACUGGGCCUAGAGAAGGCUGUUCCUAAGAAAAUACUUGACCUGAUGAAUGUCGAUGGGCUUACAAGGGAAAACGUUGCAAGCCAUCUACAAAAAUAUAGACUCUAUCUGAAAAAGGCAACCCAGCAAGCUAGCAUGGUUGCUGCAUUAGGUAGUGGUGAUUCUUAUCUACGUAUGAGUUCAUUAGAUGGAUAUGGAGAUUUUUGCACUUCACCUGGAUCAGGAAGGAUCUCAAGCUCCACAUUACCAUCAUAUGCAUCCAGUGGAAUUUUUGGUAGGCUGAAUUCACCAUCUGGCUUGAGCAUGAGAGGAAUUAGUUCUUCUUCACUAAUCCGGCCUGUUCAGUCACAAAACAUUAAUAGCUCCUUAAACACACUUGGAAACAUUCAGCCUUCCAUGUUUCCAGCAAAUCAAAGCUCAAGUUUAUUACCAGGUAUUCCAACAUCAAUUGAGCUUGACCAAUCUAAGCAAGGCAACUGUACAACAGGAAUAUCACAGUUAAAUCAUGUUGACUCAAGUGGAUUUGCAGUUGCCUCUGGCUUCCCAGACAGCAGAGCCACUGUUAAUGGUGCAAACAAUCACAUGAUGUUACAAGGAAAUCCACCACAAACUCAUAACCCAGGACCAUUUAGAACUCAGCCUUCUGUUAGAGCGCCUUCCUUGAGUACAGAGUCUUUUGACAUCAGCAUGUGUGGUUCUUCUAAUCUGUUGGAUUAUAAUCGGUGUAAUGAAAAUUGGCAGAGUGCAGCCCAGUUAUCUAAAUAUCCUGCCAAUUCUUUACCACUGUGUGAGGCUUUCAGUAAUGAGCAAUUGCCUCGCACUAGCAUAAAUGUUUCCAACUCAAGUACUCAUAUUGGUAACAAUCCAGUUGAUUUUUCUUCCAGAAAUCCAAUUCCUGUUCCUUUGGAGGAUGCCAGAAAUGAGCUGCAAUGCCAAGAAGGCUUGAUCGGGAAUAUUGUACACCCUUCGAGUUACACACCACAACAAAGGUGGGAAGAACAACAUAAACUGGAUUACAACCAGAAUAUUACUCGUCCCUUCAAUCCUGUAAAAUCUCAUGUUUCUUCCAGCGGAGUGUCAAGUUCUAUGGGGCAUAGUUUAAACCAACAUAAUACAAUUUGUGGCAACAGAGUUGAUGCAUCUUUCGUUGGUCAACUAAAUGGGGCUUCCCCAUCAAUUGCCCGGUGCACUGAGGUUGAGAAAUUCUCGUCAGACAUUCGACUUAAGUCAAAUGAUGCCUACAUUUUGGAGCAAAUGAAGUCCCAAGAUGGAUUUAUGCCGAAUGCUUUUGGGACCUUGGAUGACAUAAUGGGUGCAAUGGUCAAAAGGGAGCAAAAUGAGUUGACACUGAUGGAUGGAGAAAUGGGAUUUGAUGCUUACCCUGUUGGAUCAUGUAGCUGAUCUCUUCUUAUUCAGAAAGAAAGAAUCAACUAGUAUUCUGAUUGUGAAACUUACUCCUACCUCUGGAGCUGAUUUGAUUGUGUAGUUUCUUUGAUGUACUUAUUUUUAUGUUCUGCUACUAAAUUUAUUCUCUUAUGCCAACAUUUUGUUGUUUCCCUUAUGAACUUCUUGUCAGCCAACUGAUCCGUUUCAUCUCUUCUUCAUUCUUGUAGUGUAUCCACAUAAAAAAUUUCUGCCUUUUUUUCUAUAUAAAAUAAUUGUAAGAAUGUGUAUUUCU